AGUUCUCGCGAGAGUCGAGACCGGCAAGGUCGACUGUUCGCUAAGCCAGUUUAAAUUUUAUUUUAUAAAUUCAACUUGCUGAACUGCAAAUUAAAAAAUAUAGUUAACAAUAAUUAUCAUUAGAAAACUAAUUUAAUUAUUCUUCAAUUUAUACACAUAAUGAAAUUAAAAAAAAAAAAUUAAUUUUAUAAAAAACUAAACAAAUAGUUAUUAAUUAAUUUAAACUAUGCUUUUUUUUUCUUAAAUAAAACUAGUAAAAUUAUUUAAGAUAUAAAAUGAUGUUUACUAUUUUUUGGUUUUUUCUACUGUUAACUGCUUCGAGAAGUCAUCAAAACAGUUUUGUAAGGAAAUUCGAGUGUUUUGAUGAACAAUGUCAACGAAUAAAUGUUCCAAGUAAAUUUAAUAAUUCAACACAAUUGAAUAGUAAUGAACAAUUUACAACCCUGGAAUCAUGUCGUUUGGUUUGUGGAUCUGUUGGAGGUCUUUGGCCAAUACCAACUGGUAUUUUCAGCAUUGGAAAAAAAUUGAUAUCAAUAAAUAUUGAUAAAAUAAAUUCGAAUAUUGAUAAAUCUGAUUUAUCAAUAAAGCCAUAUUUAUAUAAAAUACUAGAAAUUUUUAAAAAUAAUAUUAAAAAAAAUUGUGGAUUAUUAAAUUGUGAAAAUGGUAAUUAUUCAAUAAUAAUAAAUAUAAAAGUUGAAAAUAAUUGUCAUGAUUUAAAUUGGAAUACACGAGAAGAUUAUAAUCUAGAAAUAUCAACAAAAGAUACAAAAGUAAGAAUAUUUAUAAAUUCACAAACAAUUUAUGGUGCACGUCAUGCAUUAGAAACAUUAUCACAAUUAUUUGCACCAUCAAUAAAUUCAAAUAAUUUAAUUGAAUUAGUAGUUAUUGAUAAUGCUAAAAUACAAGAUAAACCAAUGUUUACACAUCGUGGAUUACUCAUUGAUACAGCAAGAAAUUAUCUACCAGUUGAUGCAAUAUUACGAACAAUUGAUGGUCUUGGAUCAACUAAAAUGAAUGUACUUCAUUGGCAUGCAACUGAUACACAAAGUUUUCCAUUAAAAUUACAAAGUCAACCAUUAAUGUCCAUAUUUGGUGCUUACUCACAAGAAAUGACAUACAGCCCUGAAGAGAUUGAAAAAAUAAAGCUGCAUGCAAAACACAGAGGUGUAAGAAUAAUUAUUGAAAUUGAUACACCAUCACAUGCUGGAUCAGGAUGGCAAUGGGGUCCCACAGAAGGUCUUGGUAAUCUUGCUGUUUGUGUUGAUAAAGAACCCUGGAGAAAAUAUUGUAUACAGCCACCAUGUGGGCAACUAAAUCCAGUCAAUGAAAAUACAUUUGAUGUUCUAAAAGAUAUAUAUAAUGAUGUUCUAUCAAUUAUGGGAAACGACAGUAUUCUACAUCUAGGUGGUGAUGAAGUUUAUUUACCAUGUUGGAAUUCAACUGAAGAAAUUGUCACAGAAAUGAAAGCUCGUGGGAUGGGCACAACAACUGAUGAUUUUUUUAAAUUAUGGUCUGAGUUUCAUAGUAAACAAUUAGGAAUAAUUGAUGAUUUAAAAAAAAAUAAUGACAGUGUUAUAAUAUGGAGCUCUGGUUUAACAUUACCCGAUGUCAUUGAUAAAUAUUUAAAUAAAUCACGAUUUGUUAUUCAAACAUGGCUUGAGUCAUCAUCAACAGUUCCAAAUGAACUUUUAAAUAAAGGAUAUAAAUUAAUAAUAUCAACGAAAGAUGCUUGGUAUUUGGAUCAUGGAUUUUGGGGAGUAACUAAGUAUCAUUCUUGGAGAGAUGCAUAUCAAAAUAGAAUACCAAAAAGUGAAGGUGUACUUGGUGGUGAAGUAUGUAUGUGGGGUGAAUAUGUCAAUGAGGGUGGACUUGAUUCACGUGUAUGGCCACGUGCAGCAGCUGUUGGGGAAAGACUUUGGUCAAAUCCAGCUAGUACAAUGACAACUGGCGAUGCUGAACCACGAUUACAAGCCCAUCGUGAACGUCUUGAAAAAUAUGGAAUUCAUGCUGAUGCUAUGACACCAGCUUGGUGUGCACAACAUGCAAAAAAAUGUUUUUGACUUUUUUUUAUUAAAAAAUAUCUAAUAAAAAAAUAUCUCAUGAAAUUUAAAAUAAUUAAUAUUAUUUUAACACAAUUAAUUGAAAAAUGAACACAUAUUCCUGAAUCAUGUAAAGAGAUAUAAACAGUCAAGAAAUAAUACUGGGUAACUGUAAUUAUUGUGGACGAAAAAAAAAAAAUCCAUUCA